GAACAUGCUGCAUUCAAAUCACGUCUUCACAUUGUCGCCACUCGCAGCCUUUGGUGAAUAUUAUUGACCCAAACACCUCCUCUAUACUCUCUUCUUCUUCCCAGAACACAACUCUCUCUCUCUCUCUCUCUCUACACACUCACACAUAGUUUUCUCAGGGAAAUUCUUUGCCGUGGAUGAGAAAAGUAUUAGGGAUUUUCUGAGAUUUUGAAUUUUGGAGCUGCAUUACAAGCUUCUUUAAUAGAGAGAGUGUGUGGAAAGAGGGUCGAGGAUUUAAUUAGUGAAAAAAUGAGUGAGACGACAGCAAGCACACCCUUGAUUCCACCCUCUUCGUCUCGGAAGCUCCCUGAUUUCAAACAAUCUGUAAAGUUGAAGUAUGUGAAGCUUGGUUAUCAUUACCUCAUAACCCAUGGGAUGUACCUGUUUUUGUCGCCUCUAGUUGUGGUGAUUGCAGCCCAAGUGUCCACAUUUUCUCUCCAAGACCUUUAUGUUCUCUGGGACCAUCUUAGAUUCAAUCUCAUAUCAGUGAUAGUUUGCUCGGCCCUCUUGGUCUUUUUAUCGACUGUCUAUUUCCUCACCCGUCCUCGCCCCGUGUACCUCGUGAACUUCUCGUGUUAUAAGCCCAAUGAUGAUAGGAAAUGCACAAGGCAGAUUUUCAUGGAGAGAUCACGGUUGACUGGGACGUUUACUGAAGAAAAUCUCGAGUUCCAGAGGAAAAUUCUUGAGAGGUCAGGCCUUGGUGAGUCUACUUAUCUCCCUGAGGCUGUGCUGCGGGUUCCACCAAAUCCCUGUAUGGCGGAAGCAAGAAAAGAGGCUGAGACUGUGAUGUUUGGUGCAAUUGAUGAACUGCUUGCCAAAACCUCUCUAAAGCCGAAGGACAUUGGGAUUUUGAUUGUCAAUUGCAGUCUUUUCAAUCCCACACCUUCUUUAUCUGCUAUGGUUAUUAACCAUUACAAACUCAGGGGAAACAUAAUUAGUUACAAUCUAGGUGGGAUGGGUUGUAGUGCUGGUUUAAUAUCAAUUGAUCUUGCCAAAGAUCUUCUACAGGUACAUCCCAAUACUUAUGCUCUGGUAAUCAGCAUGGAGAAUAUUACUCUGAAUUGGUAUUUUGGGAAUGAGAGAUCCAUGCUUGUUUCAAACUGUCUCUUCCGUAUGGGAGGUGCUGCCAUUUUGCUGUCAAAUAAACGAUCUGACUACUGGAGAUCCAAGUACCGAUUGGUCCAUACUGUUAGAACCCACAAGGGUUCGGACGAUAAAUGUUUCUCUUGUGUCACCCAAAUGGAGGAUUCCAAAGGGAAAAUUGGAGUUGCUUUGUCAAAGGACUUGAUGGCCGUUGCUGGUGAUGCCUUGAAGACCAAUAUUACAACUUUGGGUCCUCUUGUGCUGCCCAUGUCUGAACAGUUGCUUUUCUUUGCCACCCUGGUGGGGAAAAAGCUGUUCAAGAUGAAGCUAAAGCCUUACAUACCUGAUUUCAAAUUGGCUUUUGAACAUUUCUGCAUCCACGCUGGUGGAAGGGCUGUGCUGGAUGAAUUAGAGAAAAACCUCCAACUCUCUGACUGGCACAUGGAGCCUUCAAGGAUGACUCUCUAUCGAUUCGGCAACACCUCAAGCAGCUCUCUCUGGUACGAAUUGGCAUAUUCGGAAGCCAAAGGAAGGAUUAAAAGGGGAGACAGGACCUGGCAGAUAGCUUUUGGAUCUGGUUUCAAAUGUAACAGCGCUGUUUGGAAAGCUCUAAGGACUAUAAAUCCAGCAAAGGAGAAGAACCCAUGGAUGGAUGAAAUUCACCAAUUUCCUGUGGAGGUUCCUAAGGUCUCAGCCAUCUGAUACUUGAGCCUUUUGCAUCUGGUGGAAUGUGCAGUUUGGGAUGGAACUAGUGGUUAAAUUGCAGUUAGCUUUUGUUUUUCUCUUUCCAUUUGUUUUGCACUUGGCCUACCGGUGGACUAUGCUGCUGCCAUGCAAAGGUUGUAGGAGAAGAACGCG